AUGCGUUUGGUAAAAGUGUUGCUAGUAUGUUUAUUGGUCGCGUUUAGUGAAGGGUCUGAAGACAAUAGUGUUGAAGCGAGAGGAAAGAAAAAGAAAAUAGCGUUGUUAAUCUAUUUCCUGGAUCUCGUCGUUAAGAAGAUAUUCAUUGUUAAGAUCAUCUACGCCUUCGCAUUCUGGCUCCUGCUCCACAAGGCUGGUUACUUCUUUGGAUGGUUCGUGAGUUACCUGAAGGAGCAAAAGCAUGAAUACCACCAUCAUCCCCACCACCAUUACGAGGAGUACGGACCUCAUGGACAUUAUAGAAGGCAGAAUCAACAACCUAUUUCGAAGUAUAACCCUUAUUCUUCACCUGAGAGGAACGUGAGGUUUUAG